UCACACCGGAAGUAAAGAAGUUCCGACCUUCCUAAGUGACUGCUGCUUCGCCUCUCUCUACUUUCACUGUCUUAAUCCGAUAAAAAGUGAAAUUCCGUGCACGAAAGCACGACGUAAAACGUUGUGUCUGGUUUUAAUGUGUCUGCGCAAUUCAGGCAGUUUCAGUUUUGCCUCUGAAGGAUGUCAGCAGGAUGGCAUCGCUGUGGACAUCGCCGUUUCGCUUUUUUAAUUGGUCAGGUUUUCUUUUGAGAAGCAUCAAUGAUUGAGUUUCAAAAAGAAAUUUUGUUGAAAGAAUAUAUAAAAAUGAUGACUGAUAUGAUCAUUUUGUGUGCCACUCUGGCAAUCUCCUUGUCAUUCUGGAUCAUUUCUCUUACAAUCAGUACAUAUUCUGGUACUCUACAACCUGUCUCUCCAUGGCGAUGGCUGUUUUCCAUUCUGAUCCCCUUAAUCCUAACAUCACAUGCCAUUAAAAAAAAAAGUUUAGACCACACAGGUGCACUGGGAGCACUGAUAGUUGGUUUCAUCCUUACAGUAGCUAACAUGAGUUUUUUUUCGGCCUUGAUCACUUUUUUUUUGACCUCAUCAAAACUAACAAAGUGGAGAGGAAAUGUAAAAAGGAAAAUUGAUUCGGAAUAUAAAGAAGGUGGACAGCGAAACUGGGUGCAAGUGUUUUGCAAUGGCGGUGUUCCUACAGAGUUGGCUUUACUCUACAUGAUUGAGACUGGCCCUGGAGAGAUCCCUGUUGACUUUGGGAAGCAGUAUAGUGCCACGUGGAUGUGUUUAGCCCUCUUGGGUGCUUUGGCUUGCUGUACUGGAGAUACGUGGGCAUCAGAAAUAGGAACAGUUGUCAAUCUGCAUCCUCCAAGAUUAAUUACUACCUGGAAGAAAGUCCCAGUUGGAACAAAUGGAGGAAUCACACUAGUGGGUGUUAUUGCCAGUUUCUCUGGUGGACUGGUGGUGGGACUGGCUUACUAUUUCAGUCAGCUCAUUUUUGUGAAGGACCUCUACCUGGCAGCUCCACAGUGGCCUGUGGUGGUUUAUGGUGGCAUUGCAGGACUGUUGGGGUCCAUGCUUGAUUCAUUUUUAGGCGCUACAAUGCAGUAUUCAGGUUAUGAGGAGAGCACUGGAAGAGUUGUCAGCCACCAAACAAACAAUUCAAAACGAAUAUCUGGAAAACCAAUUUUAGACAACAAUGCAGUGAAUCUUUUUUCUUCAAUACUGAUUGCUUUGAUACUGCCUGGCAUUGCAUGGGGCUUCUGGCCAAGACAAUAGACUAGACAUUUUGAAAGGACAUACAGGAAGCCUGGAGGUCAACGUCUUACAACGGGUUUUAUUUGUUUUCAGCCUUUAUCAUUGAUUCCUGAAAUUUCAGGAAAACAUAAUUCCUACGGCACAUUGUCUUAGUGGAGAAAGUGAUUUUCUUUGUAUUUUUUACUUAAAGUGAGGAAACACAAAUAAAGUAUUAAUUGCUGUAUGAACCAAUUUUAAGAAAAAAUGUGAUUAAAGCACAAAGGAACCAGUGAAUAUGCACCAGUUGAUUUGCACUGAAGUAUAAAUUCUGUUAGAGAUUGGAGCCCUAGGGAGCAGUGUCUGCUCUUAUCAUGGACGUCUUGUUUAAAUGUUUACAGCUAUAAUGUGAAAAAUCUGCAUAGAAUUUUAUUCUUUUACUUGUAUUUAUUUUAGCUCACUUUGUGUUUAUUUUAGAGGCUAUGGUUUGGGUGAUAAGCCCUUUGUAUGGUUUCAGACUUUCCCAUUAACCAGCUUGUCUCUUGCUUUCAGCUGUUUACUGCCUAAGUCCGGAAAUCCGUCACGGUAAAAGUGAAUUCAUCAUAAUGCUGUCUUUAAUAUAUUCUUAAAAUCAUUCCCCUUUCAGGUCAGGUGCUGGUAGAACUUGCUAAAUAACUGAAUUCUGAACACAGAGAGGCUGACUACUGGCUCUGUGUACAACUGAUAAAAUCUUGUGCUCAUCAGCAUCAGCAGUGUAAAGGAGCUCGACUUGAACAGUUACACUACUUAAUGUUUACAGUAUUGGUUUUUCAUACUGCUUAUUGUUUUUAGUUUAAUUUUGAAUUAAUAAUUCAAUAAUAUGGUGAGUUUAGUUAUACUGAUUUUUUAUUUAGUGCAACAGUGAAAUCACGACUGCAAAACAUUGUGCUUGUAAAUCAGGAUUCAUUUUUAAGUACUGGCACAUUUUUGUUCAUAUUUUGCUUUAAAUAGCAAUGUCUUCUAUAUAGUCAUGAAAAAUAAAUAAACUAAAGCUAUUUUAAAUCUU